AUGACUGGCCCAACAACAACGAAGGUGAUGGCAUGGUUGCUAGUAGCCUUGCUGCUCAAUGAUACAGACAACAGAGUACAAGAGCUUGAGAUGGAAUUAGCCAAAAUAUUGAAAGAUAAACAACUCAGUUACAUUACAGUAUUAGAGUCAGACUUGAAACCAGAGUUAAAAAACUUUUUUGAAUCCAAAUCCAAACAAAAAUUAGUGAACACAAAGGAUGCUCUCGACAAAGCUUCUGUUGUGUUAGACGCUCUGGAUAUUAAUUCAACAGUUUUUGAUCAGAUGAAUGUUCUCAAAAGACAAGAACUUGUAAAAGCAAUGAGUUUAGAGUUAGAGUUGACCAAUUUGAUUACACUCACCAAACACUCGAUUGAUUCUCUCGGUUAUGAUGUAGCCACUCUCGUCAAUAAUUACACUCAAGAAACUUAUUCAGAUGAAUUAUUUUUCAGACAAAUGGACUUUGAAACAACACAAAACGAACAUUUUUACCUUAAUUCUAAACGAGGACUCUUCCAACAAUUCGAAACCGCUAACCCUUUGAACAUCACAAGAAUACGCAACAGAAUAUCAGCAGGAUUGGAACACGUUCUUGUAUUGAUGCCCAAUGGCAAACUCUAUUCAACAGGAGUGUACAAUGAAGGAAACUUGGGAAGAACCGUUCAAGACUCUCGACUUUUGUACAAGUAUCCAGUCGAAGGUUUAGACGGUCUUGAAAUUUAUCAAUUUGAAGCCAAUAGAUAUUCAAACUUAGUAUUGACCAAUAAGGGAGUAUAUUCAUUUGGACUGAACGAUCGAUCACAACUCGCUACAGGAGGUACAAAAACCAAAGUUCAAGCUACAUUUGUGAAUGGCUUUAGUAUGGGUAACAAAAUUGAGCAGAUUGCUUUGGGUUAUAAUUCUGCAUUUGCCAUUGAUGAAUAUGGAAAAUUAUGGGCAUGGGGUGCUAACGACCAGGGCCAACUUGGUGAUCGAACAUUUGAUGACAAGAACCGACCUUUCGCUGUCUAUCAGUUGCUUGGACCUCUCCGUAAUAGGACCGUUGUUAGAGUUUGUGCAGGUCAGAGCCAUACAAUUGCUCUCACAAGUGACAAUAUUUUGGUUUCAUUUGGUGAUAACACUUUUGGACAAUUAGGAACAAAUGACACAGUAACGCAAGGUGAACCAGUUAAGGUAAAAUUAAAUAAUUUACAAGGAAGACAGAUUUCAGAUAUUCAAUGUGGAACGAAACAUAAUUUACUUCUCACAACUGAUGGAAUGGUUUAUUCAUGGGGAUCUAAUGAAAAUGGACAACUUGGAGAUGGUUCAACAUUGAAUUCACUUGUUCCAAUAUUUGUUUCCUAUCUCUAUAAUAAUUUAUCUUGUGUUGCAGAGAGAAUUCACACAAGAGGGUUUGUUAAUUUUGUGAUUUGUUCUGACAAGAGAUUAUUCUCAUGGGGAAAGAAUGAUAUUGGACAAACAGGAACUGGUUCAAUUGGUUCAAAUAUUUUACGUCCAACUUUGGUCAAACAUUCUCUUCAACCUAUUGUCGACAUUUCAUCAAACGAAGACAACUCGUUCAUAUUCUAUGCGGAUGGUUCCAUACAAGCAACUGGAAAAUGCCCAAACACUCUUAUGUUCAUGAAUCAUGAAUGUAUAGAUUUGAAUCCUCCCUUCUGGAAUAACGUUACUGUACCUAAAAGAUUUGUAUAUCAUAUUGGAGGAACCUUCACCAAUGUUAACCAUCAAAACAACAUGAACCUUGUUUGGUAUCAUCGCAAACCAAUCUACUUUGAUAUGGGAGAUUUGGCAUAUUUACUGAAACAAGAAAAUACCAUUCCAACAAGAAGGAACAAUGGAUUUAACAUGUACGUUUCCAACAUCACAAAAGGAGAUUAUGAAUGGAAACUCAUUGAAUUCAAUGCCAAAACUGGAACUGGCUUUCCUGACUCGAUUUACAAUUCUCAUAUGCUAAAGCGUAACGAGUAUGUCUACUUGUUUGGAGGUUUUGUCAAUGACGAAGUUUCGAAUAGUGUCUAUAGAUGCCCCAUCUACGACCUGCAAAACGAUUGGGAACUUUGCAAUUUUACUUUACCAGUUCCUGUAGCCUCUGGUAUGCUUGUUCCUAUCGGUGAUUAUGUGUAUAUUUUUGGAGGAAUUACUUCAAUGUAUUCAUACAACUCCACAACCGAUUUUGCACCAAGAAAGAAUGCAAUUGUCACUGACAAAAUAAUGAGAGCUCCUUUAUCAGAUUUGACAUCAUGGGAGAUUAUGUCAGAUGUUCUUCCUGUCCCUAUUCAUUCUGCAUUUUGGGAAAUUGUUGGCAACUAUGUCUAUUUGUUUGGUGGCUCAAGAAGUGUUGGAACUUCACAAAUUAAUAUUUUCAGGGCAACCCUUCAAACUCCUUGGAUUUGGGAACACACCUUUGGUAUUCUUCCUUAUUACAUGAUUAAUACAGGUCAAGUUGCCUCCACAAACGACACAAUGUACGCAUUUGGAGGAACCAAUGCUACAACAGGUGUUGGAGGCCCUUACAUGGCAUAUGGUAAUAAGAGUGACAUUACCGGAUCAUGGAUGGCCAUUAACGACCCGACGAGAACCCAAGCUUGGUGCAAGAAAUAUCCAUUACUUUGUUUUUACUGUUACGGAGUUGAAGCGUCAAAUCCAAAUGUUUGUUCUGCUGCUGGAAAAUGUCUCGAUUACGAUAAAUGUCAAUGCACCAAUGGUAGAUAUGGAGAUAAUUGCGAAAAAUCCGGUAUUAUUGCCCUAAGCGGAAUUCGAAAAUAUUCUGAUGGUACCUAUGCUACCUCUUGUAAUGCAUACAAAAAUCCCACAAACAUUUCACGCGUCUAUCAGGGUAUUACUGGAGAUGGGUGGUAUUGGAUUAAACCAGACUUGGUGAGCAAUCCAAUGCAGGUCUAUUGUGACAUGACUACAGAUGGAGGUGGAUGGACAGUUUACUAUACUGUUGGUACCACCUAUAGCACAGUUAAUUUAUUAACUGGAGUUCCUUCGAGUGGAUUAAACUAUGAUAAGGAAGGCUAUUUUGCAGAUCUGAAAAGAGUAGCUUUUACUGAUGUGAUGUUUACCACAAACAACAAAAAACAUUGGUUCAAAAGAAAAACAUCCAAUGCCGUCAUUGUCAAUAAUUACAGAUCAGGAUACAUCUUAAACACUAACUUUGGAGACCCAUACUACGUUUAUGGGGCAAUAGCUGGAACUAUGGACGGUGGAGGUUUGUUUUCGGGAUACCUUGAUGGAGUUUUAGAUGCCACUACCGACUACAAAUUGUCUCUCACAGAUAAAACAUUGUGGGAUGGAGACCUUCCUGUUUCAGCAGGUCUUUGGAUUGUUGAGUAUGCUUACAGAGGAACCAAGGGAUAUAGAGCAAAUGCAGUAGGUAUAACAAGGAAGUCCACGUGUAAUUGGUCCAGUUGUGUCGUAAAUUGUUGUUCGGACUAUGUAGCUACUGGAAUUUGUUUCCAAGAAAGCUCUUUCGUGGGAUGCGCCACAACAACGCCAAUGACAGUCCUCAUAAGAUAA